AUGGCGCUGGCUGAUGCUCCUCCGUUUGCCACCAUGCGCAUCACACUCAACAUAUGGGAUCGCAAGGCGGGGGACCAGGACACUCUCCUGACGCUCGAAAUCUUUCCCGACAUGACACUCUCUACGCUGCGCGAGUCGAUACAGGCCGAGGCCAAGGUGGCGCCUGAGGCUCAGCAAAUCUAUCACAACGGCCGAGCUCUGACCGAAGACACAAAGACGAUGGAAGAGCUACAAAUCAGCGACGGCGAUAUGCUGGCUGUCCACGUGCGUGACAAGCGACCGAACCCCAACCCUCAGGCGCAGGCUGCACGAUCGGCCCCCCCUCAACCCCAGCCUGAGGCCGGCGCGGGAGCAAACGACCCAGAGAUGGUUCGUCUGCAGGUUCUCGGAGACCCGAACCUGCGACAGCAGCUUCAGCGCCAACACCCAGAGCUUGCAGCCGCUGUCGAGGACCCUGCGCGGUUUGCGGGCAUCCUCGGCGAAAGCCAGGACCGUGAGCGGAGAGAGCGCCUCGAGAGACAGCGACAGAUCGAGCAGCUGAAUGCUGAUCCGUUCGACGUGGAGAAUCAGAGGAAGAUUGAGGAGAUGAUUCGUCAAGAACGUGUUAUGGAGAACCUACAGAAUGCCAUGGAGCAUAACCCUGAGGUUUUCGGAAGAGUUCACAUGCUCUACGUCAACGUAGAGGUCAACGGACACAAGGUCAAGGCAUUCGUCGACUCUGGUGCCCAGGCGACCAUCAUGUCGCCCUCUUGCGCCGAGGCGUGCGGAAUCAUGCGCCUCGUCGACACGCGCUUUGCCGGUGUCGCCCGAGGUGUCGGCACGGCAAACAUCAUCGGCCGUGUGCACUCUGCCCAGAUCAAGAUUGGCGCCAUGCAUCUUCCCUGCAGCUUCACAGUCAUGGAGGGCAAGGGCAUGGACCUGUUGCUUGGCCUCGACAUGCUGAAGCGGUACCAGGCCACCAUUGACCUUGCCAAGGACAAGCUGGUCAUUCAGGGCGAGGAGAUCCCCUUUCUGGGCGAGGCAGAGAUCCCCAAAGAGGAAGACGGCAACCAGAACGAGCCCACCAUACCCGGGCCCGCGGGAACCACGAUUGGACAGCGAUCUGGUGCCAUUGAGCCCCCGAGUGAAACAACUUCUUCCGCGGCGCAGUCGGGAGCUGCUGGCGCUGGUGCCGGCAUCUCGUCUAUCGCUGCUCCGACAACAACGGCUCCAGCCCCUGCAUCCGCAUCGGCGCAAACGGCAGCGCAGCCUGCCGGCGCUGGGCCGGCCAUCCAACCCCAGCACAUCGAGACGCUGAUGGGUAUGGGGGCCACGAGGGAGCAAGCGAUCCAGGCCCUGCAAGCUGCCGAGGGCAACGUGGACGUGGCUGCGGGUAUUAUUUUCUUCUAG